UUCAAGUCAGACAGCAAGUCGGCUUUGGACAAAGCGGAGACCUGCAUGGCUCAAAAUGCCUUGCUUGUUUCAAAGGCUACGCCUCCUGCUAUAAGUGCAAACAGCUGGAAUAGGACAUACCUUAAAUAUGGUCAACAGAAAGCUCCCUGGACUUGGCAAAAGAGGGGGAAUAUGGGGAUUUUUCAUCCUUUUGCUUUACACCGGCCCUCCUUCUUGCUUUGCAACGUUCAGUCAAGCAAAAGAACUCAUCUAUAGAAUAAAGGAGGGUUUACCCAAGGGGACCUUUGUUGGAGCCAUCGGUGUGGACUUACAUUUGGAUUUUACAGUUGACCCCCCCUAUUUAUUCAGCGUGGCUCAAAGGAGGGUCAGUGAACAGUAUGUGAUACUUAAUAAUCUGACCGGAGAGUUUUUUACAUCAGCGACAGAGAUCGAUAGGGAGGCACUUUGCCCUCAUAACCCAAACAAACAUGGAUGUUUCUUCUCCCUGGAUGUAUUUGUGCUUCCUCAGCAAUAUUUUCAGCUCAUCAAAGUGAAAGUCAUCAUUGAGGACAUCAACGACAACAGACCAAAGUUCCCCGUGGACGAGAUCGUUAUAUCCAUCCCGGAAAACACGGCGGUUAACGCUCGCUACGCAGUGGAGCAGUCCGCGGUUGACCCCGACUUGGGUCUUCACGGAGUGCAGACCUACUGGCUCGUGAAUGACUUUGGCGUAUUCACGUUGGACGUGGAAGAAAACGAAGGAGGGGAGCUGACACCCUUUGUCAUCGUGACCGAUUCGCUGGACCGUGAGACGCGAGCCGAAUACGUCACGGAUAUCAUCGCGGAAGAUGGUGGGACCCCUCCUCUACUUGGUGCGGCCACUUUAAAAAUUCUCGUCUUAGACGUGAAUGAUAACUGUCCCCAAUUUAUCCAAUCGCACCUCAAUGUGACCCUGCACGGCAAUUCCACCAAAGGAACGCAUUUGGCUCGUCCGCAUGCUUUUGACCCCGACCUCGGUGCGAAUGCUCAGAUCAGCUAUGCUUAUAGCGAGCGUGUGCCAAGAGAGACCAGAAGCUUGUUCCACUUGGACAGAACUACAGGGCUGAUCAAACUUGCGGGAAAAAUAGACACGGCUACAGCCACGUUUUACAAACUCACGGUUCUGGCCAACGGACCUGGUUGCAUUCCUGCCGUUGCCACUGUUGCCGUUCGCUUGGUCAAAGUUCAAACGGGACCACCUGAAGUCAUACCAAGAUACAUCGCACAGGAAAAAGACGGAGUGCUGACGAUUAAGGAAUCGGAGCCGGUUUAUUCUCCGAUUGCUUUUUUUACCGUCAAAAAUCUACAAGUGGGUCAAAGUGUGGACUGCUAUUUGGAGGGUUCGGGUCCUUUUAGGAUCGGACCGUAUCAGCUGGCCAAAGACGAAUACCUGCUCGAAACCACGGAGCCGCUGGACUAUGAGACGACGCGGGGGUAUGAGCUCAUGGUAGUUGCUGAAAAUAGUCAAGGGCUGGUCAUCAAGACUUUCCUCAAGGUCGAGAUUUUGGACGAGAAUGACAACGCGCCGGUCUUUCAGCAGUCUUUUGUGGAAAUAUCGGUCGAUGAGAACAAUGCACCCAACACUUAUCUCACGCAACUCCAUGCCACAGACCAGGACAGCGAAGCCCGUGGGGAGGUCACCUUUCUCCUGGGAGGUGACACCCCUGGCAUCUUUGUUUUAGAUCAGGUGACGGGUAUCCUGAGCGUGACCACAUCACUGGACCGUGAAGAGAAGGAAACAUACCGCUUUAUCGUGAGAGCGGUGGACCGGGGAAUCCCGAGGAGGGAGUCCAUCGCCACCGUGGUGGUGACCGUGCAAGACCGCAAUGACAACAGUCCGCGUUUCAUCAAUAAGGAUUUCACUUUUUUCGUGCCUGAGAACUUCCCCGGUUACGGUGAGAUCGGGGUGCUGUCGGUGACGGACGCCGACGUCGGGGAAAACGGCUGGGUGGCCCUUUCCAUCCUCAACGGGAGUGACAUCUUCUUGAUAGACACCGGCCGAGGCACGCUAAGGGCCAAGGUCUCGCUUGACCGCGAGCAACAAGGUACAUACCAGCUGUGGAUCGAAGCCGUCGACGGCGGGCAGCCAGCGCUUUCCUCCGUAACCAUGGUGACCGUACUGCUGUUGGACGUCAACGACAACCCACCCAUUGUCCUCUUCCCUCAAUCCAAUCAAUCCUACAUGUUGGUUCUGCCCAACACUCUGCCAGGAACGUCCAUCACGGAGGUGUACGCCGUGGAUAACGAUACGGGAAUGAAUGCUGUGAUCGCGUAUAGUAUCAUUAAAAGAAAGGGAGCUGAGCCCGGCUCGUUUUCCAUCGACCCGGAAACGGGAAAUAUCACUUUAGAGAGGGAACUCAGCAAUCGGGGCCUCCAUAGCCUCCUGGUAAAAGUCAGCGAUCACGGUCUGCCCGAGCCACUUUACUCCACCGUCAUGGUUAACUUAUUUGUGAAUGAAACCGUCAGCAACGAAAGCUACAUCCAGAGUUUGCUGAGCAGAGAAAAUGAUAUCGAAAUAGAGGACAAACCUUGGCAGAUCGGUCAAUUCCAGGAGGUGCCUGAGAGGAUGGACACCUUUCCGUGUAAAGCCGUCCUUGUUGCCCUUUCGGUGACAUGCGCCGGGCUGUUCUUCUCCCUCGUUACAAUGACGGCUUGCAUAUGCUGUAAAAGAUUUCAGAAGCAAAAGAGAAAAUCGGAAGUUGAGUUGCCUCUUAAAAUGAAGACGGACUCGAUGCAGGUCAAGAAUGGGAAGUUGAGGCAUGUCUCGAACAUUUGAUGACACACGUGUUUACACCAAUGUUUACAAGACGCACUGUGAGAAGCUCUUAUUAAUCUGUACGUGUGAGCAUUUGGAACUCAUUCACUGCCAUUGACGGCGAUUGACGUCAAUGAUUCAUUUUUACUCAGCUGGCAGUGAAUGAGUUUAACUUUGGUCAGUACUGGCAAAGCGUUCUUUGCAGACCCUCUCAGGCCACUUUAACACAAUGUGACCCAACAUAUAGCCACAAAAAUGAUACAAAGAUCUUAUUUUUCUGGGGUUUGAAUUUAAUGUAUUCUAUAUUUAUAGUAGUGGAGUUUUCAGGUGUGUACAGUUGCACUACAUCAUGUUUGUAAUAUUUGACCCAUCUGAGUAUGAUGACGGUACAGUACUGCAAAUUACAAAAUGACAUUUCGAUGCAGUUUCUCAGUCUUUCAGAUUGUGCGCAGUGAUUGCUUGCAAUAUGAUUUUAAAUUCUGAAUUUUCUAUCAAAUUAAGGAGAGGAAAAAGAAAAUGAUGUAAUUAUGUACAUAUUGCACUCUUGUUUUGAACUUUGAAGGAACAUAUUUUAUCUUUAUGAGGCACAUUCUUGGAGACCAUCCACAUUAUUGUCAUAGCUAUCACACAAUUGUUUUGUAUGAACGUAAAAAAUAUUUUUAAAUGUCCUUUUUUGGGAUGUUUUUUGGACAGACCACGGGGAACAGUUACCUUUUGUAUUCCCGCAUCCAAAUAUAAGACUGAGGAAGAUUCUGCCCAAUAUCAAAAUGUAUGAGGAAUUUGAUCCAUCCAUUUCAUAGUGAGGACUGACCUAAAAGUUUGUUUGUAAACGUUUCCGCCUCUCUCUUAAGGUUAUGUUUAACUUGACAGUUCAACCUGUUUUGGCAGUUUUGGUCAGGUGCCACGAUUGGCAAGAUAUUUUUUUUUUUUGUAAUGAAACACAAGUUGUCAUAUGGCGCCAUAUGUUGCAUCCAAUGCAUUAAGUUUGUCUGUGUUGUUAGAUCAUACAAAUUACCCUCUUCAAAUGUGCAAUUCUCAAUGUGUCUGUGAAAUGUAGAAAAGUAAAUAUUAAAGUACUUAUAUUUUAGUAUA